UCUAACCUGUCAUGGCCAGCUGUCCAUCAAAGUCUGUUCCUGUCACAAAGAUCACAUUUUGAUUGCCGGCAAUGACGAGCUGCAAUGAGACCAACACGACAUCAGCAAUGAUGUUGUCCCACUAUGAACACAUCACAACUUCUAAUGUUCUACAAAUUACUUGUUCAGACGACAUCUUGCGUUCACAGAUGUUGCAGAGAGCAGGGGACACAAUGCAGUGUGUUUGCAUCCCGUCUUUGUUCCUCAUCGGGACUCCGACCAACAUCCUCACCAUGAUCAUCUUCUACCGUCAGGGUCUGGGGGACCGGAUGAACCUCUGUCUCUUCUGUCUCGCCUUUGUUGACCUCAUGUGCGUCACAACUCUGUUUACAAUGAACUCUAGCUGCAUCAUAGGACUCUUCUUACCCAAUCAGAAGCAGUUUUGGGGAAGAGUUCUCAUUAAGAACUCGUUAAACUUCGUGAAUGGGUUCUCGUAUUCUACCGGUUGUCUGACGAUGAUAAUCGCGAUAGAGAGAUGCGCGUGUGUCAUGUUUCCUAUGCACAUAGCGACCUUCAUGAAGACUAAAACAAUGGCAGUCGUUCUAGCUACGGCAAUGAUGCUCACACAGCUUUUAUGUGGUGUAUAUGCUGUAAAAGAAAAGGUAUCUAUUGUACAAGAUGUCACUACUGGCAGAUACCUUACCCUGCUCACCGUCACAGAGCUCUACCUCAGCAACAAUAUUUUUACAUUUAUCGAAAACAUCGUUUUACCACUUAUCUCCAUUUUCACGUUCACGGUUGUGUUUCUGGCCACGGGGCUGACUGUUGUCCGUCUACGCGUUGCUUUAAACUGGAGGAAGUCCACAGCCAGGUAGGUACAGGUAGGUGUUCUCUUGUCAUUCCGAUCCUGGUUCUUCAAAGAUUUACUGAAGGGAACACGUGACCAGUCAUUGGCUCUAACCUAUUGAAGAGUUAAUCACAUGCACAAUCCACCUUUCAGUCAGCUUUUCAAAUGAAUCUUGAACAAAAAUAUAUUGUCAUUGCGUCCCACUUGUUCUCUGUGUUCGCAGCUCGUAUCUAAAAGGUCAGGCGGUGCUGAUAAAGAUGCUGGUGGUGGUGUCCUGUAUCUACAUCCUCUGCGCAGCGCCUAACGUGGUCUUGGCUUUGACACGAUUCGCGGUCCCAGAUUUCCGCUCGGAUAGUCGUUACUGUGACAUCUUCUUCGCCACACAUUUGAUCGGUCAUUCCAUGGUCAUGCUUAAUUCGUCCAUCAACUUUUUUGUCUACGUGAAACUGUCUUCCCGAUUUCGUCGCCAUCUUUACGCUAUCUCUACGUGCAAAGGGCAGAUAACAGGUUAAGACUAAACUCUUGUCAGAUAAUAAUGUUAAAGUAGAGUUUUUAAUAUAAAUACCGAUAAUAACGGGAAACUACCAUUCGUUAUCCCAUUAGUGGAUCGUAGCUUGUUGAAUUUGUAAUAUUUCUAUCGAUAAGAAAUUUCAAUAACACGUCAGAAGUCUGUGUUUAGCAGCUGAAUAAAAUAAAAAAGGUGUAAUUGAUAAA